GUGGACUCUCACUACUGCCCCAGCUGCCUGGAAAACAUGCCUUCAGCUGAAGCCAAGCUGAAAAAGAAUAGGUGUGCAAACUGCUUUGACUGCCCCUGCUGCAUGCACACCCUUUCCACUCGGGCCACGAGCAUCCCUGCUCCACUCCCUGAUGACCCAGCCAAGACUACCAUGAAGAAGGCCUAUUACUUGGCCUGUGGAUUUUGUCGCUGGACUUCCCGGGAUGUUGGCAUGGCCGAUAAGUCUGUCGCUAGUGGUGGCUGGCAGGAGCCGGAGAAUCCUCACACUCAGAGGAUUAACAAACUGGUUGAGUACUACCAGCAGUUGGCUCAGAAAGAGAAGAUCGAGCGGGACCGGAAGAAGCUGGUGCGACGCCGAAACUACAUGCCCCUGGCCUUUUCGCAACACACUAUACACGUAGUGGACAAGUAUGGCCUUGGAACCAGGCUUCAACGCCAGAGGCCCGGCGCACCCAUCAGUGCCCUCGCUGGACUCUCCUUGAAAGAAGGAGAGGACCAGAAGGAGAUCAAGAUUGAGCCAGCUGAUGCAGUGGAAGAAGUGGAACCUCUUCCUGAGGAUUACUACACAAGACCAAUCAAUCUGACAGAAGUGACGACCCUGCGCCAGCGCCUGCUGCAGCCUGACUUCCAGCCCAUCUGCGCCUCCCAGCUCUACCCUCGUCACAAGCACCUCCUCAUCAAACGCUCGCUGCGCUGUCGGAGUUGUGAACAUAACCUGAGCAAACCAGAAUUCAACCCAACAUCUAUCAAAUUCAAGAUCCAGCUGGUUGCUGUUAACUAUAUCCCUGAAGUGAGAAUCAUGUCUAUUCCCAACCUGCGCUACAUGAAGGAGAGCCAAGUCCUCCUGACUCUGACCAAUCCAGUGGAGAACGUCACACAUGUCACACUGCUGGAGUGUGAGGAGGGGGACCCUGACAACAUCAACAGCACUGCCAAGGUGGCAGUUCCUCCCAAGGAGCUUAUUCUGGCUGGCAAAGAUGCUGCAGCAGAAUAUGAUGAGCUGGCAGAGCCUCAAGACUUCCAGGAUGACCCUGACGUCAUUGCUUUCAGAAAAGCCAACAAGGUUGGGGUUUUCAUCAAGGUCACCCCGCAGAAAGAAGAGGGUGAAGUGACCGUGAGUUUCAAGAUGAAGCACGAGUUUAAAAACCUCGCUGCUCCCAUCAGGCCCAGCGAGGAAGGUGAUCACAGCUCUGAGGUCAUCUGGCUCACCCACCACGUGGAGCUCAGCCUCGGACCGGUGCUCCCAUAA